UACAAUAUUAGUAGUUCACAUUAUCAAAAUGGCGGCCUACAGGCUGAAAAAUCGCAUCGUGACCAGUCUUGUAAAUAUUUCAAACUCCCUACGGGGCAUUGAAUUGCGCAUACCACUAAAUAACCAGCAAUCCAAAACUAUUUCUCAGGACGUUAAGUGUUCACUAUUGGGUUCAUCAGCAUGCCAUCAGCUCUUGUCCACUCAGAAGAGAUGCCCGCAGCAUCCUUGGGUAGCUGCCCCGCCCCCUCUUGCUUCAUCCUUCCAUUCAACCAAGACAACCAGAGGACUUGAGGAGUUUUUUGAUGACCCAAAGAACUGGGGACAACCUAAUGUCAAGUCUGGUAGAGCAUGGAGCAAAGAUGAGUUGAGACUGAAGGACUAUGUGACGCUACACAAGCUAUGGUAUGUCCUCCUGAAAGAGAAGAACUUGCUGUUGACCAUGCAAGCUGAGGCAGACAGGCAGGACAAAUUUCUUCCCAAUCCUGAAAGAAUCGAAAAGGUGGCAGUCUCCAUGGAGAACCUCAAGGAUGUUCUGAAGGAAAGACAGGAAGCCUUGACGGAACUCAAGACGGGUCACAAAGAGGAGCACCCAGGGGAAUGGCAGUACACCCCCUUCGGCUACAAGAGAUACGUCAAGCCAAGGGAAUACAAGGUGCCAAAGUACAUGAACAAACUGUGGGCUACUAAGCGGAAGUGGUACGAUCCGUUCUUCGGACGUUACCUGUCCCAACACUACGAGCAGGAGCUGAAACGUGGCGGAAGGGAGAGGAGGAGAAAGAGGAGUCACCUCCUGAAACUGAAACAGCGAUUCCCCGAUUCUGAAGUCUGGGAGAACAAGUGAACAUUCUUAAAUGCCGGAACGAUGUAUGGACUACUGUCAUGGACCUCAGGACAAAUUAGCCCCAUGCUUUUGACAGGAGUUGUUACCCCAUGAAACCCUCUGCCUCCUCUGGUGCGGGUUUACAAUGAGACAUAUCGAGGGGUCAGUGACACAAAGGCGUUCUCCAUUUUAUCCAUUUUUAGAAAAAGUGGUUUAUGUGUCACUGACCACUUGGGCCUUAAGGAGUGAAGUAUGUUUCAUUAGCCACUGACUUCAAUGGGGUGUUGGGUGGAGUUAAGUCUUUGUGUUUCCUGGAAAGCCCACAUUUAUCUGAACAUUUUGAUAUCAAAUAUUCAUUUUGGCAAAAUAUGGAGUUAUGACUUUGUGUCACUGAACCCUCGAUAUACUUAUUUGAUGUAUGCCUUGAGUUAAACCCAUUGACUACUGGAAUCUCUCAUUCCCAUAGACUUAACCCUAUUUUGUCUGGGCUCUUUGAGAGCAAGUUUCGACGAGGAGGGGGCAGGGGUCAAAUUACCCCCCUAUCAUUUGGCUGCAGAAGAGGAACAAGCAACCAAAGUUUUAAACUCUCAUGUACAUGUAUUUUGAAUCAUCAAAAACAAGUCUCAACGUCAAGUGAAUAUCCCUCAUUAUUAAAAAAAAGGAACUUGGGAUAAUUUUGUAGAAAAGUAUCAAUGUAAAUUCCUUCAAAGAAUAAUUUAAAGAGAGGGUGUAAUGUCCAAGAAUAUCACAGUAUUCAUAUUAGAUUGAUUGAUGUGUACGACAUUUGUCAUUGUACAGAAAUUGCAAUAAUAAAAGUGAACAUUUGUGUAUGUUAAAAUUCUA